CAGGGCCUAUGGACCAAUCAACGGUGUCUCGCGUCUCCCGGGAGACAUUAUGAGACACGCCAAGAUUCUCGGCGGAAGUUGGAAUUUGGAAACUUGGCCCUUGGCGCAAUUCUAAUCUGGCAGCAGGACAUGUUUGAAUCCGUUGGAUUUCUAUGCGGCACACAGGCGCGGAGCUUCGUGUGGUAUUCGCGUUUUGUUUGUGGUUUUGUGUAGUUUUGUGCCUGCUUUGUAUGGAUGCUGGCAUCAGCUCACUAGAGACCUUUGAUCCCUUGUCUUACCCCGUGUUUAUCAUGCGUAUGUCAUUGUGAGUCGUUAUCGCGGCCAUGAAGCGUACGCUUUGUGAAGACUCAGACACUGUGACUGGGUCGAAGAAGAAAGCAAAGAAGAACUUGAACUGGGUCUCAAGGCAGAAAGUGAGAUGUGGUGAAGUGCCAAAGAAUGGAGGCAUCUGUUCCUUCAGUGGUGAGCGAAGGAACCACAAGCGACACUGUCAAACUGAGCAUCCAUGGGCUGUGGAGCCUUACAAGAUAAGAAAUGAUGCCUUUGGUGUUGGAGGAAGAUGGGACUGGCGAGUCACAGAAGGUCCUGUGCCAGACCAGCAAGGGGAUAACCCCAGAGUGGUGGAUGCAGGGCCUGUGCAAGAGCUCCAACCCCAUGUGGAGUCAGCACCAAGAGGAGCUGCAGUGAGCUCUGCAACAGGUGCUGUGCCAGACCAGCAAGGGGAUAACCCCAGAGUGGUGGAUGCAGGGCCUGUGCAAGAGCUCCAACCCCAUGUGGAGUCAGCACCAAGAGGAGCUGCAGUGAGCUCUUCAACAGAGACUGUCAUAGCUCCUGCUCAGCCGCACGGGUGUCAACUGGAGCCACGAGUCGCGAACCUGGAGAAGGAUCAGCAACGUUUGUUCCAUCUGGUCAAGAACGCCGGGGAGAAGGCACCACCUCCGGCCGAAGCCUCGUCAACAGGCGCUUAUGACUUCGCUCUACUCCAUCACGCUCGCGACAUAUCGGACGUGAAGAAAGCGGCGCAGAACCACAUCAUCUGUCUUCCUGACGAUAAUCUGGUCUACUGUGCAGUCUGUCGACCAGAUUUCGAUGCCUCCAACACCAUGAGUAAGGGAGGAAAAGCGGGCCUAAUCAAGUACGAAUUCAGUACUGGGACAUCCUUUCCUAAGCCAGCUGUCAUGCCAACGGCCUUUAGUCGGCUGAAGGAGAGUGUGAGAGAACACCUGAUAAGCAAGACACACAAAAGGUGCCUCGAAGCGAAGACAAGGGACAGUGAGAAGGAGGCGAAAGCAGCCAGGUUGCAAGGGUCUGUGUCCUACAGGGUCAUCAGAACUGCAUACCACGUAAUCAAACACUCGAUGCCGCAGUUGCAGUUUGAGAAGAUGAUUACGUUGCAGGACAUCAACGGCCUGAACAUGGGGAACAUAGGUCACAGCUUCAUGCAGAUGAAUCGCUUCCGCAGAGAGUUCUUUCUGGAGGUGCUCGAGCUGCUGACCCGCCACAUCUCCAGAACAGCAUGUGUCGCCGUCAUGGCCGACAAGGUUACAGUGAAGCACCGGACCAUAGAUAUAACGGCUGUCAUGGCCGUUGUACCCGAGGCUCCAAGCGGACAUCUCAUUCAGAGCUUCGUUGUCGGUGCACCUGUCGUUAAGAAACACGAUGGGACAUCACUGGCCAACGGCUGGAUCAAAACGCUGGCGGCCGUCGGCAUCAAAAGCCCCAAGCAGAUCGCUGCCAUAUGCACAGACGGGCAGUAUCACGGGCUGUCAGUGCCCAGCAAAUUCUUGGAGCAGCUGGCGAAGACGCAGGAGGACGUUCGCGAGAGGUCGAUGUCGCCCUGUGUGCCCAUGCUGUGGGAUGGAGCACACCUACUUGCUCUGGCUGAGGACUCUGCCAAAGAUGAAGAUAAGUGCCUCUGGGUGUGGGCCGUCGUAAACUCAAUCACAAGAGUAACUAAGAGGCACACGACAGGAAAAGGCCGCGAGCUGCUCCGAAACGCCCAGAAGAAGCUGGGGCUGAAGAAGAAGUGCCCCCGCCUGUGGUCAACGACGCGGUUCGCUCCCCACGCCGCUGCCGUCCUGAAGACGUUCCUGUACAACAUGCCCGCGUAUCUACACUGUCUGGAAGCGGAGUACAGGACGUCGACGGCAAGGCCAGAUGCCAUCGAAGUACUGAGGAACGACCUUCGUCUACUGAGAGACGAUGUGUGCUUCCGGGGUCAGGUGGCCGCGCUUCUGGACGUGUACCAGGUGCUAGCGGCGGGCAGCCGGGACCUGCAGAGCCUACAGAAGCUGCCGUGGGAGCGGCAGGGCGAUUUCGCUGACAUGGUGGGAAAGCUGACGGCAAUGGCAGGUGCCCUGAAGGCGGCCGUUCGUCCCAAGAGGUCAGGUGCCUUGAGUACCCAGGCUAUCAGCGAGAUGCUGCAGGAGGCGGACGAAGAGGAGCUGCCAGAACUGUGGCCGAACUUCGCCAGACACCGCCCAAAGCUACACGCAAGAGAGGUGGAGCAAGUGAUCACCUUCACUGAGGCGCUCGCCCGACACUCAGCCAGGCGGGAGGAGGGCGUCAACAAGGCCGGUGAGCGGAAGGGCUCCAGCAACCUGCGCCUGAUCAAGGCCAUGCCCCAUGUGCGGAUGGUGGCAGAUCUGGACCAGCUCUCGUCAUCACCCACCUCAGGGGUCGUCGAUGACAUGCUGAAGAGCGUCGAUCGACUUAGGUCAGAUGGCCUGAUACCUGAGACAGGCUCUACAGAAAGGAUGCGGGAUGCCAUGCUGGCCUCAUACAAGGUUAUCCGCGCAGAACGAAUGAACAAACCAAAUCUAGGCAACCAGGAACUGUUCAAAAUUCUCUGGCAGCGUGCGGAACAGGACAUCAAGCCGUAUAUCAACCUGGUCACCCGCCUGUGGCUGAUUUCGCCGUGCGAAAGCGUGGUUGAGAGCAUGGGCUCUGUCGUCGCGGACGUAUUCGGGGAGCACAGGAACCUGAAGCAUGCAAACGCUGCGAUGGAACUGGUGGUUCGAUGGAACGGCCCAGAUCUAGCGAGUGCUGAUGCACUGAUACAGGCCGUAGUGCGCUCACCGCGAGAAAACUUUAACUUCGUGCGGAGACACACACAGUCGAAGAUCGACGGGGAAAGUUCUGUGGUGUUGAAGCACAAGAAGAAGUGUCCGCGAGCAUCAGUUUUUCGUUAGAGUAGCGCACUACGACCUGUACCAGUACAUCAGCACUCGCUGGAUCUGAGACUUUCCAUCGAACAACCAGUUCCAUCGCAGCGUUUGCAUGCUGUGAUGUCAUUUACAGAAAAUCGGCAUACCGAUACCAAAACAAAUACCAAAAACCGAACCGACUUGGGAAAUCGAAAGAAAUACCUUUUUUACUAACUUCACAGCCUCUUGUACGCGAGGAUUCAUUAAGAGCGAGCGCAGCGAGCUAAGUCUUACGCAUGUUACAUAGAAAUUCCUGAGUGGGAGCGGCCGGCCGUAUGAGACCGGUUGGGAGGGUGCCGUGCAUAAGUCAGUUGGAUGUAGUCCGUUGGCCUCUCAAUUCCGCACGUGCAAGGCUCACACGCUCGCUCGCUCGUUUGUCACCCCAAAAAACUUUUACUGGUACUGCUGACAAAAUACCAGAAUAUUAUAAUUGAACUGCCAAAUACCAAAUUGGUAUCGGUUUGGUAUCGGUACACCAAAAAGUUGGUAUCCGAUUCACAUCUCUACUUUAGAUCUCUUCGUCGUUCUGUUGUCCACUGACGAGUUGACGCUCAGUUUCCGCACACCACAGCAGAACCGCAUUCUGGAUAAAGCGUGAGGAUAAACUAUGCAGGUAUUUUUUGCUAUUGUUGUAUGGUAGUGUUUGUUUUUCGAGUACCUACAUGCUUUUUUGUAAAUGAAGCUCGCAUGAUUGACAGCAGAAUAUUGUACAAAGGUGGGUGCAUGGGAAGGCAGCCUGAUCUGAUGUUCGAAUUUGGAAGCCUUCGGUUUCUGAAUGUGAAGGCAAUGAUAAGUUGUGUGAUGAUAUAUUGUGUUGUGAUGGAUGCUGAAGGGUGAAAUGUGAUUGAUGUCAAGUUCGUUGGCGCGGCUGAUGAGUUCGAUGACCUGGAGUACGAGCCUUUCCUCUGUUAUAUAAAUUGACGGACAAUAGACCAGCUGUGUUCUGAUCUGAA